ACGCCCAAAGUCGCCGAUGAGCAUAUUGUGGUACCCCAUCAUCAAUACCUAUUGGGCAAUAUGCACGCAAAAUGAGGAGCUGAAUGGGCUGUCAAUCUUUUUAUCUCGACCCUUAAGAAAGGAGGCUGCGUCUCAAAUAUUCCCCAACUAUGGCAUGAUUUCAGUCAUGAUCUCAAGGAACUCAUGACCGGGUAAAUAUCAUGGCCACAACUACCUUGGUGAGGCGUGAAUCUGAUCUUUUGCUCCGGGACGCGCGUCGAUUGGUGGAAGAGGCAAGGGAGGCCUCGACGAAGCUUCAAGGGCAAAACCUCCGUCAGGGACACUCGGUGCAUAACUUCCAGGCAAGUGGUCAAGCACGUGUUGACAUUGGCGAUCACUUCGAAUACAAUAUUAGCAUCAGGCCCGCACCUGAGGGAGAAAAUGGACCAACCCGCAAAGAAGUCCUGGAUUGGAUAGAAUGUAUCGACUUCACCGGAUACUACCGGGAUCAUCUCGAAAGAUUGUAUGACAAGAUGGGAGUAGGUUUACUGACUAGUGAAAGCUUCCUCGACUGGUGCAAAGGUCGGACCAACUGGCUAUGGUGCUACGGAAUGCCUGGUGCUGGCAAGACCGCAUUCACUACUAUAAUCAUACGGCAUAUCUUAGAGACUCAAAAAACUCAGCCAAAGAUUGGUUUGGCGUAUCUGUACUGCAUCUACUCAGAUGACCAAUCUGCAUUAAAAUUCUUGGGCGCCCUCCUACGACAACUUGCGGGACAAUCAGAGCAGAUUUCUCCGGAACUCCUCUCUCUUUAUAAAGAUCACAACUCUGGCUCCUCACCUACCCGUCCGCUCCUCGAGGGCUACGAAAAGGCUCUGGGGCUGGAACUUAGUAGAUUUGAGUCGGUCUAUAUCAUCGUUGAUGCUCUUGAUGAAUGCAGAAACGACGACGAAAAUGAAUCUCAUCAAGCCACGAGGAUCAGGAUUCUGCAGACCUUAGCGUCUUUCGGGAAUAAAAUUCAGCUCUUGUUUACUUCCAGAGAUGAGAGACCUGUUACGGCCCCGCCUUUGACGUCCCUUGCCAUAAUGAAAGUCUCAGCUACCGAUGGCGAUAUAAAGCUAUAUGUAGAAGGUCGUAUUGCCAAGAAGGCAUCGUUGCAGGCUUGUACAACCAAAGAGCCCCUAUUGGCGACAAGGAUCAAAAGGAUAGUCGUUGAAAGAGCUGCCGGCAUGUUUCUCCCUGCUAAAUUACACAUGGACAUUCUGGGAGACGCCGCGGAUGCAUCACUCACGCCAUACGGUGUAGCUGUGGCAUUACAGACUCUGCCAUCAUUUCGCAACAAAUCCCGCGCCCAAGCCUCGGAAGCCUAUCAGGAGGCUUACCAAACGAUUCUCAAGAACAUUUGGGAUCAAUCUCAUGCCGAUCUUGCCCGCAAAGUGCUGUCCUGGGUCGUCUUCGCGGAGAAAGUUUCGACUCUCACCAUAUCUAUCGUUCAAAGGGCUAUCUCGAUAGAUGCUCUUCGUACUGCUAGUGAGAACAUAGAGCGGAAUGCUGCGUUGGACGACGAGGAUCAGCUUUCAGAGCUAGAAGAUGAGGACGAUAUCUCUUUCACGAGUCCACAGAGCAACGAGAUCGCGGAAGAGGUUCUGCUUUCAGUUUGUCGAGGCCUUGUGACAGUAGACAAUAGCAGCGGCAGAAUUCGCUUGGUACACUACACCGCGGAGUCAUACUUCGCAAGUGAGGUGGUUCAACGAAGAUUCUUUCCGAAAGCACAAGAGGACUUGGCUGAAGCCUGUAUUGCUUGUUUGUCCUCUGAUGAUGCGUACGAGCAUCCCUUGUAUAAGUAUUCAAGUCGGCACUGGGGUCAUCACGCACGACAUGCCGAAUCGCAACUACAACAGAAGAUUGAGUAUCUAAUACAAGACACACGAGUAUCAAGGGACUGCUCAAGGUCCAUCCUGCACGCCUUACCGCCCAGUUGGCUACCGUCUAAGCGUAGCUCUCUCAAGCAUCCACUCAAGCCACUUCAUUUAGCAGCAUACUUUGACUUGAAAUUAACAGCCAUGCAGCUUCUAGCAAAUGGUGUCCAAAUCGAUUGCCAAGACUCUCGAGAGUGGAAUGCAAUGAAAUGGGCAGUAGUGGGCGAGUCAGAGGAGCUUGUGACCCUGUUAUAUGAACGGCAGCCAAGCCUUCUCUGCAAUGAGAUUGUAUUCUGGGCUAUCAACUCGCGACCUCGAGAGACCAUCUUCAGUAGUUUGACACUGUCUGGCCGCUCGAAAGUUUCUCUCGGCAAUAUCUUGACUGUGAAAUCCAGCCAGUCGUUUGCGACUACGCUGCCAAAGACGGUCAUACCGAAUUCCAGCCCUACUGUAGUUCAAUUUCUGCUAAAUAACGUCCAUGAUAUCGAUGCCAGCAGGGAAGUGGAUGGUAGAACCCUACUAUCGCUUGUGGCUGAAAAUUGGCAGUGGGACUAUGUUCGCACUCUCUUGGAUCGUGGUGCUAACGUCAAUCUCAAGGACAAGAAACAGAUGACACCUUUACUAUGGGCGCUGCAGUCCCCUCGACAGAGGACGACCAUCGCUUCCCUCACUGUCUGCGACAGGGCGCUCCUGAGUAUAGGUGAUAUCACGAAUGUCAACCCUUCCCUAAAAAUCAACAUCAGCGACAACAGUAUAUCUGAAAAGCACAUAGAGUCCAACAUCCGACGCUUGAUCGGACAGGAUUUAGAAGCGAUGGAUUGGACAAAGAGAACAGCCUUGUCACUUGCCGCCGAGGGCAGGUUCCAUACCAUCGUGGAGGCUCUUCUAACACAAGGUGCAAAUUCGAAUACAUCAGACGCCAAUGGUAUGACGCCGUUGCAUUACGCGUGUUGUUUGCCUUGUUUUCAGACCGUCACGAUCCAAAGUCUUACAUGUCUCGACCGAGCAAAUGUGCGCCUCGGAGCAACCAAGAUACCGGAACUGUCUGUGGUCAAGAUGCAUCAGAUUAUCAACAAACCUAUCGAAAGAUCUGUAAGAUUAUUGUUGACUCAUGAAGCGAGCAGAACAGCUAGAAAUGCUUUCGGAGAGACUCCAUUAUCCUUAGCCGUGUCCGAGCAACUUGAGAGCUAUGCUGAACUACUGAGAAAUCACGGGACACAAGAUGAGCAGCAGGAUUCAACCAAACGGGGCAAUCAGCAAAUGAAAGACUAUGCAAGGUUGUUAUCAGCUAUGCUGGACCGUCGAGGCCAGUUCGAUAUUCAUUCUGUGACGACUGCAGACAGAUCGAACUUGCUCGUAUACGCUACGUCCACCAUCAGUAGUCUAACGACAACUAAUAGAUCUCGAGUCGUACUGAUCGAUAGGCCCCGACUGAGUUCAGUUACUGCCAUGGACCGUUCGACACUCAUUAUUCACGCUUCUGCUUUUAUCACUUCGCUUUUCACCGACAAUAGAUCUCGGGUGUUUUUGAAAGGACAGUCAAAUGUCUCAUCAGCUAAUGGGAUGGGUCGCUCGUUCCUUAGGAUCGGGGCCAAUACUCAGAUCACAGAGAUCCAAGCUUCUGAAAACUGCAAGGUCCUGACCGAGGACCAAUCCCAAAGCACAACGGUGCUCGGAAUGGAUACAUCCAAGUUGUGGUUCCAGGGUCAAACUGGAAUAUCUUCUAUCGAAAUGUCAGGAAACUGUUCAAUUCAUACAAAAGGCACUUCAGAGGUCACUAAUAUACUCGUUUGCCAAAACUCGAGACUUUUUCUCGAAGCCAAAUCCCAAGUCGCUAAGAUUCAAACACAAGGCCGAGGCCGAGUUUGGACCACAGGAUCCUGCCAACUUGCGCUUGUAGAUGGCACUGAUUCCUCAGCGCUGAUCCUCGACGGAGAGACGAAAAUUGCUCAGAUAGAGAUGUCCGUUAGAUGCUCAAUGAAGAUCAUGGGAAGGUCCGAGGUCUCUAAGAUGAUCGGACAUGAUUCUUCAGCGCUGGUCCUCGAUGGCAACACUCAAAUUGCCAAGGUCGAGAUGUUUGGCAGGUGCUCAGUGAUGAUUACCGGCAGGUCUAAGGUCUCUAGGGUCACUGGCUGUGACAACGGUAACCUUUUCGUUGUAGGAGAUGCCAAGAUCGGAGAGAUUACAGUUCCUGCAGAAUUUAAAGUGCGGCUGUAUGGACUGAAUCCGCAAGUGCCAGUCAACGUUGGGACGAUCAACAUUCAAGUCGAUGAAACCUACGAGGGUUCGGAUGCGGAUCUCCAAGCGGCCGGUGAGAAAAUGCGACAGAGACUGAGCGAAGCUGAAGAGAUUGUUGAGGAAGCUUCGCAACAUGAAGAGGUGGGAGACGUCGAGGAACAGCCUUUCUCUCUCGAAAAAGAACUACAAGAAGACCCCGAGUAUGCGAAAUUGCAAGAGAGAAUGAGAAAACUGGAAGAGGUAGUUAAGGAAGACGAGGAAGAUGAAGAUGCAGAUGACGAAGAGGUUGAAGUACGGUCAGUCUUUCAUGUGGAGGAACUACCCGAGUUUGCAGAGUUUGAGAAGGAGAUGAUGCAAAUGAGCGACGAAAAUGGUCAUCAAUCGCAAUGGUGGGAUCUACAUUGAGGUGGACAGGUCGCUCUGCAAUCUCAUGCCCUGAGGGAGUGACGCAACAAUAUCCCUCGUAGGUAUAGAACGGAUUUUGCUGAUAGAUC